CCAAUCAGCGUGCCCCACCUGUCUUUAUCAGUCGCUGUCCAAGCAGCAUGGUUGCUUUCUCUGCUCCAGGCCUCCGCUGACACCCGUGGAUAAGUAGCUGCAGCGGCCCGGCACGGGAACUCUGUCUCAGGCUGUGACCAUGGCCAGGACUGGUUUCUGCGACUCCCAGCCCCUGUUGGACUUACACAAGAAGGCGGAUGAGAGGCGAGCCCCAUUAAGAACUUGGGCUAAUGCCUGUGGGCCUAUAGAUCGCUGGCAGCCUGUAGGCACAGACGAGUCCAGGAUGGCCCCUGUCAAAAUGGAGCCAGAACGCAGAUGGGAAAGGAGGUUAUCGAUGCAAACCAGUGAAGGCAUCAUCAUGGGGUUCCAUGAAGACAGUCGAACACGCUCAGCUGCAGAUGGGUGUAUGGAGGAGCAUGUGCUGCUUCACCCUCUUGGGCUGCAGGGUCUUCACAGCCUCCAGGCACUGGUGCCCACCUUUCUGCGCCAUGAAGUUGAGAUGGCACUGGAGAAGCUGGACCUCAUAUGGGACAAGACGUGCGCCUGGGACAUGUUCUUGGAUAUGAUGAGAACUCAAACACGAAGCUCUUUUCCCAACACUGACCUGCCCCGGCAUUUCACUGAUGCCACUCGUGCUGUCCUGGUAGACUGGCUCAUUCAAAUUCAUGAGAUUAUGCAUUUUCAGGAAGAGACCCUUUAUCUGGCCAUACACCUCCUCAACCGCUCCCUGCGUCAGAUCAAGGUGACCACAGCCAACCUGCAGCUCCUCGGUAUGGUUUGCCUCUUCGUUGCUGCGAAGAAGGAAGAGUGUCUUCUCCCUGAGGUGUCUGGACUGUGCUACUUGAUGGACCACACCUACACUAAGCAUCAGCUACUGCGAAUGGAGCGCAAAGUCCUCUGUGGGCUCAAGUUCGAUUUGUCCUACUGUCCCCCUUUGCAUUUUCUCCUCCUCCUUGCCUCCGUCGCACGCUGCAGCACUAAGGUGGUGUGGAUGGCUCGUUAUCUGCUGGAGCUCUCUCUCCUGGAGGGCCAGUGUGUGGUGUUUCUACCUAUGCAGCUGGCAGGAGCGGCCCUCUGCUUGUCCCGCCAAGUUCUGCAGGAGCCUCCGACACCAGAAGGGGAGGCCGCCUGGUGUCUGGCCUCCAGCGUCCAUGUCGGCAGUGAGACGGCCCUGCUGAGGAUCAUGCACAUUCUGGCCAGUGCCGCAGCCAAGGCCCACACCCGAGAGACGUGUGCUAGUUUUAUUAAAUUCUCCUCCCCAGAGACCAUGCAUGUCAGCAGACACCCAGGUCUAAAGGACGCCUCUGGUCUGCUGGGCAUAUGCACAUGACAUUCCUAACUCGCAGGAACUUAAUUAUAUCCCAAAGCUUCAAAGUAGAGAUACUAGACCAGUGUCACUCGAGGACUUGACUCCUGUGUGGUCCAAGCCUCUGACCAAGGCUAUGUUCUUUGCUAUGGAUCCUGAGGAGUUACCAUGGAAAUGGGCGAGGAAGAAGUGUGAAAGAUUUGAAACCUUGUUUGAGAAUGAAUCGCAUGUAUGUGAUUUAGCCAACCUAGUGGCACACCUGUUUUAUGAUCUUAUCUUGCAGCUGAUUUUUGAAAAUAUUUCAAUUGUAUUAAUGUUUUCCUUGUCUUGUCACUUGCAAAAAGGAUGUCUAUCAAGUUAUUUCUAAAGUUUUUUUUAAUGUUAAAAAUAAAGUGUCUGCUGCAAUA